AAGAUCCUUCGUUGAUAGGGUUUUCCACAAAAAGAAACCCAAGGUUAAGAAGGGCGAAAAUAUAUAAGAAAAAAAGGGGAAAUUUUAGGAUUAUUGUUCUUAAUCCAAAUUAUUAAAGAACGAUUUUUUUUCCCUUUUUCUUUUUUCUCGAUCCCUUAAAACGCUAUGUUUUGGGCGGGGAAUUUGAAGCUAGGGUUUCUGGUUUGCUGGAUCGUUAGAUCCGAGAUCUCAACCUAAUUUCAAGCCUAAAUUUUGGUUAUUAAUAAAUAUGGAAGACACGAAGCCUUCAGUUGCAACUUCUGGUGGCACAGAUGGCGAUGCCGUUGAAGCUAGAUUCAAUGCUUUGUGCAAGAAUGGGUUAUCUCUGGAUGAGAAAGCUUGUUCAAAUGCUAUGAAGCUAUUCAAAGAAACAAAACACCUUUUAACGUCAAAUGUUUCAUCAAUUGGAAGCGGAACGCUGGAAGAAGCAGAGCGAUUUUGGUUUUCAUUUGUCUUAUAUUCGCUCAAGCGGCUGAGUGAAAAGAUUGGAGAAAAUACGCAACAAGAGUCUGAUGAAAGUGGGUUUUCGUUUUGCCAGAUAUUGAGAGCUACAAAGCUGAAUAUCGUGGAUUUUUUUAAGGAGUUGCCUCAGUUUGUGGUAAAAGCUGGUCCCGUUUUACGUAACAUGUAUGGUGAAGAUUGUGCGACUCGACUUGAGGGUACGGAGAUGCAGGCCAAUUUUGUGCACUUGAGCCUUUUAAGCAAGUCAUACAAGCGUGCAUUUUGGGAACUCUUCUUGACAAGUGAUGCAAAUAUUGACAAGCAGCAAAAUGCUACCAGUUCGUCAGAUUAUGUAUCAGAGUGUCAUCGAUUUGGAUGGUUACUGUUUUUGGCACUCCGCGUGCACGCAUUCAGUCGUUUUAAAGACCUAGUGACUUGUGCAAACGGUUUUGUUUCUAUACUGGCUAUCUUGAUUAUACAUGUUCCUGUUCGCUUCAGAAACUUCAAGAUCAAUGACUCUCCACAUUUUGUUAAGAAAGGUGACAAAGGUGUCGACUUGCUUGCGUCACUUUGCAACAUGUAUGAUGCUUCAGAAGAUGAUUUGAGGAAAAAAAUGGAGACGGCCAAUAAGUUAAUAGAGGACAUAUUGAAAAAAAAGCCAUGUCCUGCAGCUGAGUGCAAAACUGAAACACUGGAAAAUAUUGAUACCGAUAGCUUGAUCUAUUUUGAAGGUUUAAUGGAGGAAAAAUCUCUUUCAUCCAGUUUAAAUAUGUUAGAGAAGGAUUACGAUAAUGCAAUUUGUAAUAAAGGUGAUUUGGAUGAGAGGGUGUUUGUAAACGAUGAAGAUAGUUUACUUGGUUUAGGGAGCUUUUCUGGAGGGACCAUGAAUGUUACUGGUAUCAAGAGGAAAUUUGAUUCAGUAGCUUCACCAUCAAAGUCGAUCUCAAGCCCGCUGUCUCCUCAACGCCCUCCUGCAUCUCAUGCAAAUGGUGUCCUUGGGCCACCAAGUGCAAAGAUGGCAGCUACACCGGUCAGCGCUGCAAUGACAACUGCGAAAUGGCUUCGUUCUGUUAUUUGUCCUCUUCCUUCAAAACCUUCAGCUGAGUUGCAGCGUUUUUUAUCAUCUUGUGAUAAAGAUGUUACCAAUGAUGUGAUCUGUAGGGCGCAUAUAAUAUUGGAGGCAAUAUUUCCUAGAAAUCAAGAGUGUAGUGUAACUGGAAGCCUUCAGAGUGUAAACCUGAUGGAUAACAUAUGGAUGGAACAACGAAUACUGGAGGCACUUAAGUUGUACUAUAGGGUUUUGGAAGCUAUGUGUACUGCUGAGGCCCAAAUAUUACAUGCACCUAAUUUGACCUCUUUAUUAACUAAUGAGAGGUUUCACAGAUGUAUGCUUGCUUGUUCUGCUGAACUAGUGCUGGCGACACAUAAGACUGCCACAAUGUUGUUUCCUACAGUACUUGAGAGAACUGGUAUUACAGCCUUUGAUUUGAGCAAGGUGAUAGAGAGUUUUAUUAGACAUGAGGAGUCUCUACCAAGAGAACUGAGGCGGCAUCUAAAUUCUCUGGAAGAGAGGCUUUUGGAGAGCAUGGUGUGGGAUAAAGGUUCCUCAAUGUACAAUUCUUUGAUAGUUGCAAAACCUGCCCUAUCUGCUGAAAUAAAUCGUCUUGGCUUAUUGGCUGAACCAAUGCCACCUUUGGAUGCAAUUGCGACACAUGUGAACUUUUCUGGAAGUACACCUCCAGUGCCUUCUUUGCAGAAACACGAAACAUCAACGGGUAAUGCUGGUAGCUCAAUCUUAGGACAAAAUGGGGAUGUCAGGUCUCCCAUGAGACCUUGCACUGAGUUGAGGAGUGUGUUGGUUGAACGGAAUGCUUUUACAUCACCAGUGAAGGAUCGCCUAUUAGCAUUAAACAACCUUAAGAAGGCACCUUUGCAAUCUGCAUUUGCCAGUCCAACACGUCCUAACCCUGGUGGUGGAGGAGAAACAUGUGCGGAAACAGGAAUAAGUAUAUUUUUUGGCAAGAUUAAUAAGUUGGCUGCUGUCCGGAUUAAUGGUAUGGUUGAGAGGCUACAACUGUCUCAACAGAUAAGGGAGAGUGUGUAUUCUCUUUUCCAAAAAAUACUUAACCAGAGGACUUCUUUGUUCUUUAACCGUCAUAUUGAUCAGAUCAUCCUUUGUUGUUUCUAUGUAGUUGCGAAGAUUUCUCAGUUGCGCCUAACUUUCAAAGAAAUUAUUUGCAACUAUAGGAAGCAACCACAAUGUAAGCCACAAGUUUUCCAAAGUGUAUUUGUUGACAGGUCAUCUGCACGAAGAAAUGGGAGAACCGGGCAGGACAAUGUUGAUAUCAUUGCAUUCUACAACGAAAUAUUCGUUCCUUCCAUAAAGCCUUUGCUGGGAGAACUUGGUUCUGCUGGAACAACCACAAGAACGAGUAGAGUUGCUGAAGCCAACAAUAGUAAUGAUGGUACAUGCCCGGGAUCUCCUAAAGUUUCUCCUUUUCCAAGUCUACCUGAUAUGUCCCCAAAGAAAGUAUCUGCAACACAUAACGUAUAUGUGUCUCCAUUGCGGACAUCCAAGAUGGAUGCUCUAAUCUCGCAUAGCUCAAGAAGCUACUAUGCUUGUGUUGGAGAGAGUACUCGUGCCUAUCAGAGCCCUUCGAAAGACCUAACUGCUAUCAACAAUCAUUUGAAUGGGUAUUCUUCUCCUCUCACUGGUGGCAGGAAGAUCAGAGGGGCACUCAACUUCGACGAUGUUGAUGUCGGUUUGGUUAGUGAUUCUAUGGUUGCAAAUAGCCUUUACCUGCAAAAUGGGAGCUGUGCAUCCUCAUCCGGUGCACCUUUAAAAUCCGAGCAACCAGAAUCUUAGCCCAGCACGCUUGUAUUCCUUGUAUAUUCUGCCCCACUCCCGUAUUCUUGUUAGAUCGUACGUUUGAAUGUAAGUUCAUCACACGGGGUACGUAUGAGCGGUGAGUUACUGUAGAAUAGCCGCCACCUCCCCAAUGUGUUUACUGAUGUUAGCUAACAAUACUUUGAAGCUUGGCCUAACAAAUUGAAUAAAUUUUUGCCUUUGCCGGCUUGUAGCCAAAUAGUACCACUGAUCAUUUAUAUUGGAAUCACAGUGCUCCUUCAAGGGGGUAAUUUUCUUUGGGAAUGUUUUAGGAGAUUUUGAGGUCAA